GAAUCCGGUUCUUGCCAUGGCUGAGACCUCCUCUUCUCCGAGGAGAGCAUCUGCCGCUUUACGAAUCCACGGACAUCAAACUCCGAGGGAGGCACCCUUUCAAGUAGGAAUCCUCUCGCCGAGCUGUGGGAUUUGGACGCAAACACUCAACAAAGCAGUAACAGCGCAUGUCAACAAAUCCGUGCUAAUGUUUUCUUGGAAGACAAAGCGGUUGGAGGUAAGUUGAAGAAAGAAGGUAAGCUGUGGAGGAACGGAAUGGAGAGUAGGCUGUGCAGGGACCAGCUUUGCUGUACUCGAUUGGGUUUGCUGCAACCUGACAAGCCCGACCUACUGUUCGUGCAUCUGUAGCAGCUCAUAUCGCCGACAAACCCGCAAGACCUCGUGACGCCACUUAACUCCACCCAGGUCCGUCCCCUUCCUCCGCAAAGAGUAAAGAGGCAGAAGACCUUCUGCAGCCUUUGUCCCAUCUCGAAAAGCUGCAUUCCUGUGAUCACAACGCGGGGUAUCUGUUCCAUCCUUCUCAUCUUUUUUCCUCUCACUAGAUCUGAGUUGAAAGAUUUGAUUUCUUUUUCUCCUUCAAGAGGAUAUCUUUUCUGGAGGUUUAUAAUCGUCAUACAGCUUUUGGGGCGAAGACGUAAUCAUAGGCUGCGGAAGAGGAGGCCUCGUUGGAAGAGAACUGAUGGCGCCGAGUCUGCAGCUCUUCGCUCUCUUUCUGCUCGCGGCCUGGGUCGUCGAAUCGGAGGCCCACGACGUCCGGCCAGCAGAGCACGGCCUCGAGCACCAGAAGGACCCCGGCCCGGCUUCCCCGGCGAUGGUGACAUUCUUCCGCGGCCGGCCGGAGGUUGCGCUCCCGGAGGCGCAGAACGUCUCCGAACCGGCCUGGAAGCUGGCGCCGCCGCGGCCGCAGCACCGGGACGGUCCCAGUGCUGUCCUCCUCGCCGCGGGCGUGGCGUGCGGCAUCGUCGGAUCCGCUCUUCUCGCCGCGGCGGCGGUGGCUUUCGUCGUCCACGCCCGCCGCUCCGGGUUCGGGCUCCGGCCAGGAUGGGCUUUCAGUCCAGCCCGUAGAAGCGGCCCAGAGGUCCGAUUGGGUUCUGCGUAGACCAAAAAAUUGACCGUUGGAUCCGCAACCGACGGUGAUUGAUCUGUUUGUUCGUUUAGUGAAUCCUUCCCGCAAACCUCCUCAUUUGCCUUCUUAUUUUCAAGCGUGUAAUACAUUUCAUGGUGUUUUGUCGUCCGAGUGAUGACUCGGCUUUGUGAAUGCAACGGACCAACUACGAAGCAAGCAUUUAAGAGAA